GUAUGACUUGGACUGGUGACACAGCGGCUUUCAAGACAGUUUCAGCCCUGGUACGUGAGGUGCGGGAACCCCCGGUCAGAUAGGAUUUCGUAGGAUAAAACACAGACACCAUGACAUGCCAUCAGCGUCUUUGAUUGUUUUUCUCAUAUAAUUAUAAGAGAACCAUGAGCAGUGUGGAGGAGUCGUCGUCCUACAUGAUACCAUGAAGAGAAGUCUGCCAUACCUGCCCCGCCAGCUGCUGAAUGUUCUAGUGAUCCUGGCACUCCCAGUGGGGCUACUGUCCUCUACACAUGAGCUUUACACCAGUCAGAACCCCCAGGACCCCGUUUCCAUGGCGACAAGCAGCAGACCCUUCCCCACAUUGUCUUCAGAGCUCCCUGGUUGGCAGGAGGGUUCCAGCGGUGUCCUCCUGCCCACACAGGAGAGGACUUCCUUGACUGCCAGAAUCCAGCCCGCCGCCAUCACCACAGAAAGUCCUCUUGGCUGGGCCCGGCUACUGACCCCUGGCCCAGUAACCGCGACGACAGCCCACACAACCGUGGUGAGAGAGGUAGAUCCUGUCAAUCGUGUUCCAGUGACCAGUUCUGUGUUCAGAGACCAGAGCAAAUCACCUAGUCCUGCCCCUGAAGAGACAGUCAGAGGUAACGCCAACAGAACCAGCACGGAUUUGAUCGAUACAGCAGACCAGGCCCAGACUCCAGUCAUCAGAGACAGGGCCAAUGCCUCAAGCCCUCUCAACGCAAGUGGGUCGGACCCUCUCGGUUCGUCCAGCAAAAAGCAGCCCGGGCCUUCUGGUUUGGUGAGCGCAAACCAGAGCCGAGGACAUGGUCCUGUAAUCUCUGUUCUCUCAGGGACUGACCUGGAACAACGGGUGGUGGGGACCAGUAGCACAGUAUCUGCCCACCCUGGGCUUCGUAGUCAGAGAGGAAACGCCUUACACGAGGGGUCGCUGGUGCUCACUGCAACUGGAGGUACCAUGGAACAGAGUCUGGAGAAGCCCACCAGUCCCAGCCAGCUUCAGCACCUAUCUUCGUCAUCUCCAUCUCCUUCGAUGUCACCCUCUUCUCUGUCGUCCUCUGCCACCCUGGACAGCAACGUCAGGGAGCACCGUUCUGCCACUGCAAAGAUCGUUCAGCACCAUACCAUCACCCAGCGUGACUUGACCGAGGAAGACCCCACCCAGGAGACAGGGAAGGUACUUAAGCUUUUGCCCCGAGCUCCGUUGCCAAAUUCAGCCUCUCCCUCGCCCCCCAGCACGAUCUCUGUUCUUGGCCCUACAAACCGGGGCAGCGCCACCCUCGAGAGUGUGACCGUUGACGCAAGAGAUGCGAGCGCCACGCGCGAGGUUCCCGUAAACUCAUUUGCGGACUCUUUGGCUAACGUCACGGACUCCGUGCCCGGCGGCCCCGUUAACGGUAGCAUUUCGGGAUUCCCGCAGGCAAACGGCUCGGACGCUUCCGAAUCCUCUUCUGCGGGCAGUGGCAGCUUCCACAACCGACUGGUGCCUGCCACGACCCAUGGCCCCUGGGGACCGAGAAACCAGUCAGGCCCUGCUUCAGACCACUCGCACUCACGCGCCACCAUCUGCCUGGAGAAGAUGGACAUUGUGUGGGUGGUGCUAGCCAUUAGUGUGCCUGUCUCCUCCUGCUCCGUGCUGCUGACAGUGUGCUGUAUGAGGAAGAAGAAGAAAUCCGCCAGCCAAGAAAAUAACUUGAGCUACUGGAACAAUGCCAUCACCAUGGACUAUUUCAACAGGCAUGCCGUGGAACUGCCGCGAGAGAUCCAGUCGCUGGGCACUACAGAGGAGCAGGAGGCGUGCCUGCCUCCUAAUGGAGACUACAGCGACAGCGGUGUGGUUCUGGUGAACCCUUUCUGCCAAGAGACGCUCUUCAUCAACAGAGACAAGGCCUCCGACAUCUAAAUACAACUGUCUGUUGUUUGUGAAGUCCU